AUGGAGCAACGCUGGCAUGACAUCCUUCUCCACCAUGACAUCGGCGAUGAAGCCUUUCACAAGGGCGCACCACUGGUGCUGGAGGCGCUGCAAAUCAUCGGCGACGUGCAGUCCAUCUCCGCUGCGACGCGGCUCGGCUUGCACCUGCGCGAAGCAGAGCACAGCCGCGCGAUGAAUCAGCUCGACUCCACCUUCACUGAAAAGUACGUCUACCGAGACCACGCCGCGCAUGCUGCUGCUGCUGCACCGCUUUUAGAAAGGCUGUCGGACUUCUUUCAGGGCUGCACACCCGCUGACGCAGUAGCAGCAGAAGCGAUGCCUUCGACGUCCUCUUUAGUCGCCGUUGCGGAACUAGACGGCUUGCUCGUCCCUUCAGCUGUCUGGACGGCCGUAUCCAGGGCGGCAGCCAUGCCAUCGUCACCGCAGCCGUGUGCAUCCCUCACAGCCGAGGCCGCCACCUCUCCAUCCACGCGCAACCCUGUCAUCCCGCUAGUAACGGAGCUGCGCUCAUAUCCACUGUUCAGCUACAAAGUCUUCCUCAAUCACUUCAACCGUCUCAGCAGCCUCGUCAGCAACGGCGAGGUCUUUAGCGCCUGCGAACCGCGAAUUAAGGUGCUGCAGAGCCGCUACAACCUCUACCGCGCCUAUAAUGGCGGUCGCGAGGACGAGUAUCACCCCACCUUUGGCGGUGGCGACAUCAAGCGAGCACCCAAGUGCGACCUACGCCGAGUCGAGACGUGUGUGAGCGCCGCGUCGGUAGUCAAGUUUAUCGAAGAGCUCCGCCGGGACCAGCCAAGCUACCCGCUGUACACCGAGGACGUCACAGAGAACACCGUCGGCGAGGUACACGUGAAAGAAGCGACAUCUGCUCACAACAACAGCACUGCGUCAGGCACAGUGUCGUGCAUCUCCGUUGAGGAGGCGGUGCGGCGCUUCUUUGGAAGCAACGUGGCCAUAUCGGAGCGAGUGCUGACAGAGGAGGGACUCUGCCUGCGCCCGAGCUACGCAGUUGACUCUGCGGACAGAUGGCUGAGCCUGCAGCAGCUCGCAGACUCGGGCGAUAAUCACCGUGCGGCUUACGCCAGUCGACUUCUUCAGCACCUGCUGAGCACCUCGGGCGGGGCCGAUGGAGAGGGUGAGCUGCUGGCGCGGCUCUUGGUGCCGAUCCUCAAGCGUGUCCUCACCUCCGGCUCGAGCUACGACCGACUGGAGUUGGAGCUGACUGUGUCCGGCAAGGAUGUGGCGGAACUACCACGGCUGGCGCGGUGGUGCGCGGUGAGUGGGCUGCUAGAGUCGUGCCCGGGUGUGUUCUUCCGCUUUCAUGUGGUGCAAGAUGCCUACAGAGCAGGCACGGAGGGAAAGUCGCAACGGCGGCAGUACCACCAGCAGCUCGCCACGCAAGCAGAGAGCCAUGAUGCUCCAUCUGCAUCCUCCUCUCCUGCGUCGCCGUCGCUCUUCUUUGGCAGUAUCCUUCACAACAUAUUUGGCCCCAUCUGGGAGGCCUUCCUCGCCGCCGCUGCCACCGCUGCUGCCGCUGGGAGAGUAGGUAGCGGCGGAGACGCUCCUCCACCUUCUACGACGCGCCGCGUGGCAGAGAUGCAGUCGCUGUUGCGCCGGACAACGGGCUUCUCGGUAAGCCUCACCAACGCUGCUGCGGUGCAGGAAAUGCCACCGACUAGCGACCCGAGCAACCAGUUUCCGCUACCGGACAGCAACAACAGCAGCAGCAGCGGCUCAGCGCAUGCCGCGGCUGCCACAUCGCUAGCCCCGCCGGACGCCUUCUUUGUGUAUCAUGUGUGGCGCAAUGUGCAGCUCGUGAACGCCUUUUUGCUCGCCUCCGGGGAGCAGCCGAAGAAAACAACCGGCGACGCCGCCACAGUGCGCGAUGCGACGGCGUCGACGCCGGCUUGGAACACGCGGCCCGCUUUUACGGUCACGCUCCACGGCGGCGCCAACAGCCGCACACUCUUUGGCGAGAGUGUACUCGGCCUCCUGCUCGCCGACGCAGUUGUGAACCCGUCCACGGCGUUCGAGUGGAGCCCGCUCACGUACCUGUUCAUGCUCACCCAGCGCCACGUCAUUCUCACCCCAUCACGUAACCGCUGCUGCAGUGCUUCGGUCAAGCGCACGCUGCGCAUAACGGCCAUUCCGCUUGCGGUGCAGGCAGGCUUGCACGUCAGCGUCGCCACUCUGGACCCUCUUUUCUACGACACGACGAACGACGCACUGAGCGAGGAACUGAUGGAGCUGACGAAGCAGUGCGGGCUGGCAAAUGCCGAUGUAACGGAGAUGUGCCUGCGCUCCCUCGAGGCGAGCAGCGGAUGCCUUACCUGGGCAGAGCGGCGGCACCUCCUCGGGUACGCCUGGCCGCACGCGCAGGCGCGGUACACGCAAUUCCCUGCCACCCAAGUGAGCUCCCUCCGGCUGCGCCACCGCGCCUGCGCACUGGCGCACGAACUCGACCUGCUCUUUUCUGCGGUGCGUGAGAGCGGCAGCAGCAGCAGCAGCAGCAGCGGCGGCGGCGGCGGUGGUGUGGACGCUACGACAACGGGACCGCAGCGGUCGAUGUGCAGUUGGCGUGAUGAGGCGCGCCUUCGUGCUAUUCUAUUUCUGCCAUCCUCUGCCAACAAUGACAACAACACAUCCACCUCCGUGUACCGCCGUACCGCCAGCGACAGCACCCGUGCGCUGGAGCUCGAGCACGACCCGGCACUCCUCCUGCACCUGCCAGGCUACUAUGCGCAUGAGGCCUCCAUGCAGUACCCACGCAUCCUUAUCGCUGGGCCCGACUGGAGUGGACCCAGCGCAGCAGCAAAGCACUUAAUGACGGCCAUGGCGACGCGAGAGGCCUACCAGAUGUUCGUCAUUCACUCUGAGGAUGCUCAGUACAUGCAGUCGGAACGCUCCUACGGCGACAAGGGCAAGGACAGCUGCGGCAACUCGCAGGCAGCGUUGAGGCUGGUGUGGCGCGAUGGCGUGCUAAACUUGGAAGAGAGGCAGCCAAAGCAGCGCGACAGCUAUGCUGAUAGUGUGCCUGGGUCGUCCCCGUCAGCCUUGCCAACAUGGGCGCAGUUUCAGGAGGACACGCGCAUGCUGCGCCGCCUCGCCAGCGCCGACCCCUCUGUUGCCAAGUACGCCAGCAAGCGGCUUGACAUGCUCGAGUUCAAGUACAAGCUGCACGUAGCGCUGACAAAUGACGACGAGGAGAACUACACGAUCACGACGGCAACAGCAGCAGCAGCAGCUGAGAACGCAGAGAGGGAUAGCGUCGAUUCACGCGCACGGACUGCCACCAUGUCACGCCGCUGUGUGAAGCAGACGGCGCGCGGUGACGCGCACAACUGCGUCAAGGUAGACGUGCACCGCCACAUGGCGAGUGGCAUGACGGCGAAAUCACUGCUGCAGUUUAUGCAGGACAAAGUCCGCGAUCACCCGGACGACGUUGUCGGCGUGGAUUCCAAGACUGGUGCCUCGAUCACGCUCGUGGAGUUCUUUGAUGAAGUUCUGGGGGAGCAUCAGCAGAAGCCGAAGCCACAACUGUCGGCAGUCACGCAGGGGGCCGACCGCACAGCCGUGCGCCGCGCCACUCAGCGCGUCCCCACGGAAAGCGACGAGGUGAGCGCGGCGCACAGCGCGAAGGCGGCUGAGGUCGCGCACCUUCUUGCCGGGAUGCCCAUCGCUGCGCUGCAGGUGCACGCCGGCAAGGCCACGUUCCACCGCUUUGAUCGCUUCAACCACCGCUUCAGCCCAAUGGGUAUAGCCUCCCUGCGAUCGCUGUUCCUCAAAACGGAGAACUUCAUGCACGGGCGCUACUUUGCCGAGCUCAUCCGUGACUCCUUCAAGCAGAACGAGCUGGAGGGUGGCACCUUCACGGAGAACCGGCUCUCCAUCUACGGGCGGUAUAGGGGCGAGUGGGACCGACUGUCGCGCUGGUUUGUGCUUCACGGGAUGGCACAUCGCACAAAUAGUUGGAUGAUCCAGGUGCCGCGGCUCUUCCACCUCUACCAGAGCAGCGGCCAGCUCCGCAGCUUUCAGGAGAUGCUUACCAACAUCUUCGAGCCGCUAUGGGAAGCAUCGUUGCACCCCGACAAGCACCCGUACUUGCAUUUCUUCCUCAGUCACAUCUCCGGCUUUGACAGUGUCGAUAACGAGAGUGAUCAAGAGCCGGACAAGAUAAUCGACACCCCGCCGGAGCAGUGGACCAGCGCCGAGAACCCGCCCUUCGCCUACUACAUGUUUUACAUGUGGGUGAACAUCACGACGCUGAAUCGCUAUCGCGCCGUGCGGGGACUCAACACCUUCCAGUUCCGCCCCCACGCCGGCGAGAGCGGUGACCCGGACCACAUGGCAGACGUGUUCGUGCUGGCGGACGGCAUCGGGCAUGGCAUUAACCUCGACAGACGGCCAGUGCUGCAGUAUCUCUACUACCUGGCGCAGAUCCCGCUCGCUAUGACGCCCAUGUCGAACAACGCACUCUUUCGCCGUUACAAGGACCACCCGCUGCCCAACUUCCUGUACCGAGGCUUAAACGUUGCCAUUGGCACCGACUGCCCCCUCAUCUUCCACCGCACGGAGCAGCCGCUGCUCGAGGAGUACGGCGCGGCGGAGACGUUAUGGAACCUGUCGGCUGCGGACAUAUGUGAGCUGGCCGCGAACAGCGUGCGAGCCUCAGGCUUCCCGGCCGCGCGCAAGAAGGAGUGGCUUGGGCCGCUGUAUUACCUGUGCAGCGUGGCGGGCAACGACGUGACGCGGUCGCACGUGCCGCAGACGCGGUGUGCCUUUCGCUACGAGGCAUACAUGGAGGAGGUGACAUACCUGCAGCGUCGCGCCGCACGCGAGAUGCCGUGCCGCGCGAUGCGCACACCGCUGGAGGAGGAGGUGAACAUCAUGGACGCUGUUGGCAUCUCCCGCAGCGAGCUGCUGGAGCGGCGCUGGAACGGCGCCGAGAUUGUGGAGAAGCAGCGCUGCCGGUCACUGCCGCCUCCACUCUUGGAUGGACGUCCAACACGCAUUGGUAAGACUCAUGACGCCUCUCACGUAUAA